CCAUGAGCUGUCUCCGCCCCGGCAAGUUUAAGAGCCAGAUGAAUAAUAAAGGCACCGCCUCGCAUCCCCUUCCCCUCAUCCUCGAGGGGUUUUGGUUUUCCUUUCUUUAUAUAAAAACUGCGUCUCUAAAGAAAUUUACCUAAAAGAAGACGGGAGGCGAGAUCGCGAUCCUCCCAGACAUGGAAAGCAGUUUCCAGCUCUGUCUGUAUAGCUGCCUCUUAAUCUCAGUUCUAGGAAUACUGCCAGAGCCAAAAAAUGUAAGAGUGAAUUCAGUUAAUUUGAAACACAUUCUACAGUGGGAGCCACCUGAUUUUCCUAAGGAAAAUGUGACCUACACAGCCCAGUCUACAAGUUAUACUUCAUUCACAGACAAGUGCAAGAAUAUUAUUUUCACCAGCUGUGAUUUCUCAAGUAUUUCCAAGUAUGGUACCUAUAUCUUGCGUGUCAGGGCUGAAUUUGAAGAUGACCACUCAAAUUGGGUAAACAUCAUCUUUUGUCCUUUGGAUGAUACCGUCAUUGAACCUCCUCAAGUACAAAUAGAAUCAUUGACUGGUUCUUUACAUGUAAGCUUCUCAUAUCCACACAUUGAAAAUGAACCUAAUGAAUGGACUUUAAAAGAUUAUUAUCAUUCAUGGCGUUACAGAAUACGAUACUGGAAAAAUAACACUGAUCAUAAGUUUGAAAAAGAUACCAUGUAUGACUUUGAAGAGCUUACUGAUCUGGAUCCUCACACAGUUUAUUGUCUUCAAGUUCAAGGAUUGGUAAUUGAAAAGAACAAAAGUGGAGAAUGGAGUCAGCCUAUCUGUGUCCAAACUACUGAAAAUGGAUUGCCUUCACACUGGAUUACUGUUACUGUGCUUAUUGUAUCCAUGAUUGUGGUUUUAAUUUUGGUGCUUGGUUGUUUUUGCAUAUGGUACUUCUACCGAAAAGCAAAAUGUGUAUUCUUUCUUGGGUAUUCUUUUCCUCAGCAUCUGAAAGAGUAUUUGGACCAACCUUCCAAAAACAUUUCAUAUCUCUUGCCAGUACCUUCCAAUGAGGGUGAAUCCUUUGAUAAAUUAAGUAUAAUAGAAGAAUCUGAAAACACUGGGCAUGACACAAUGGAUCCAUGUAACUGUUCGACAAAAGUUUUGCAACAAUCCCUACUUUCUGGAGAAAAAAACCACAUAGCUGGUCAUAGAAUUCAGAAAGUUUGUCCAGUCUCAUCCAAGUGAAGAAGACGUAGUGAAAUAGAGUUAGGCCAUCAGAUCAAACUCUGACUCAAGAGCCUUCCAUAAAUAAAUUGGUUGUAAAUUGAAAUGAUCAUUUGGCAGAAAAUCCUGCAUUAUUAUUAUUUCCCACUUGAUAGAUUAAUAAAAAACAAAAAGGGUAUUUUUGAGAUUUCUCUUUCAUCAGAAUACUUUUUGAUGUAUCUGAUGCCAAAGUGACAAAUUUAAUAAAAAUUAUCAUUUGAAGGAAAUAAUGCAAUCAAGAGCCUCUAAAAUCCUAACUAAAUAUAUGCUGUUCCUAGGGAGGGAGAGGGGAGGGAAUAAUUGAUGCAAUUUAAGAUCUAAAUAAUGCUGUACAAAAUACUAAUUUUUUUUCAAGAAAAUUUUUCCUAGAAUUUUAUAUUUUUGCUCUUGUAAUAUGAAUAAUGUCACAUCAAUCUGUAUUUUUCUAAUUCAAUAUAUCAGUGACACAAUUUGUGUGAUUAUUAUAAGACUAAAUAAUUUGAUUGUUACUUACAUUGUCUACCUCUCAGGGCUGUUUUGAGAAUCCAGUGCGGAAAUGUUAUGGAAAAUGCUUGUAGUCAUGAAACUAUGUAAAGCUGAGCUACUGCUAAAGUCUAAAUAAUGCUGUACAAAAUACCAAAUUUUUCCAAGAAAAUUUUUCCUAGAAUUAUUUUUAUAUUUUUGCUCUUAUAAAAUGAAUAGUGCCACAUCAAUCUGUAUUCCUCUAAUUCAAUAUAUCAGUGACACAAUUUGUAUAAUUAUUAAUAAGACUAAAUAAUUUGAUUAUUAUUUACAUUAUCUACCUCUCAGGGCUGUUUUGAGAAUCCAGUGAGAAAAUGUUAUGUAAAAUGCUUGUAGCCAUAAAACAUUAUGUAAAGCUGAGCUACUGUUAAUGUCAGUUUACAAUAUUUUAAAAUGAAUUUGAUUUUGAAUCAAAGAGGCAGGAGUUAUGAGAAUUAGGAGAAAAGUUCUAGUCACAUUUCUUCUAUUUAUUUGCAAUCUUAGGAAUAUGCUCUUCCAUGUAUACUUACACAGUUCCUUAUUCCUGAAAAUGUCCUUCCCCUAAUUUGCAAUCUUUGCUUAUCUGAAAUGUUCUUUAUCUUCCUAAGCUCAAAUAUUGCCAGUCCAAUAAAGUCUUUAUAUAUUCUA